AUGAUCACCAUGCAGCCUCCAGUCGAAAAGACUGGUACUGUGGUGUUGGAAUGGACUAAGAAAGCCUUGACAAGUGAUGUCAUUCCCAUGAUUAAAAAAGAACUGGAACAGGGAGGGAUCCUUCUCAUUCCGAACACUACCCCAGAAGUCGAGCUAUUGACAGUCACCCAAGCGAGUUUGGAGCGACAAGCCCAGAAUGAAAGGUUGAUCAAGAGGCGCAGAAUCACUGAUACCGAAUUUAUUAUGGAUCACUUUCAAGUGGCCAAUCGAUCGCAAUUCCUCAUGGCGGUACCUGGACGAGAUCCAAACCAGCUGUUUACGCAAAAAGAACGCUCCUUGUUGGUUCUUGGAAUUUUGGAGGAUAUUUCCAUCAAGAAUAAUGUCAAAUUGAAAGAGCAGCUUGUACAACAGACAAAUAAGGCCAAUACAAAUAUUCUUCGAUACAUUUUAGAAUCACAAGGAUGGAUUCAGAAAUUGGCGCCCGUUCAUUUCGACGAGGCCAAAGAAAAGAUUCAAAAGGCAACCAUGUGGCCGCUCUGGCAAAUCAUGCCGCCAGUGCUCCAGAUUGAAGAAUACUACGGUCCCACCGUAGCUUAUUACUUUGCCUUUGUAGGAUUUCUGGCCCAGUGGUCGGGAUACUUGGGAAUUAUCGGAUUGUCCACCUUUUUGUUGCGAGUGUACCGACAAGACACAAUUGAUGAGGAUGAAUAUACUCCCUUUUAUGGCCUCAUAUGCUUUUUGUGGGCAAUCUUGUUCUACAUUUUUUGGCAGCGAAACGAGGCAGUAUUGGCGUAUCAGUUUGGUACAUUAGAACUCUCGACCAGUUUGGAAGAUGACGAAGUGCCCGACGACCCAGUGGUGCACAAGCGUCCUGAAUACCAUGGCAAAGUACGAGAGUCCCCCGUCACCGGCAAGUACGAGAUUUACUACCCUUCCAUCAACCGCAAAUUGCAUUAUGUUGUCAGUGCGUUGGUGACGGUAAUCAUGCUGGUAGUGGCCUUUACAGUCAUGAUUAUUUCUCUGAACGUCCAAGGGUACAUUCGGCCCAGAAGCGACGAUGACUAUCAUCCAUUUUACUGGCCCCGAGUUGCCUCCAUGGCUGGUACAGGAGAGUUGUUCGAUGCCAUGUCCAGUUGGAAGUCCUUUUUGCCGGUCAUCAUUCAUGCGCUCUCCAUUAUGACACUCAACAAAAUCUAUCGAAAGAUUGCCACCAAGUUGACGGACUGGGAAAAUCACCAGUCCCAGACAGAUUACGACAACUCUCUCAUUCUCAAACGCUUCUUAUUUGAAGCCUUUGACUGUUACAUUGCCUUGUUUUACUUGGCCUUUUAUGCCUGUGACAUUGAACAACUUCGAUCGGAACUGAUUGCGGUAUUCAACAUUGACAGCUUUCGGCGGGUUCUCACCGAGGUGGCGAUUCCAAUGAUUGCGCACAGGGUGACCAAAAAGGCAAAGGUGGAAGGUCAUCCACAAGAUCUGGAUUUGGAAGUUUACGAAUCCUUUGAUGAUUGGAUGGAAGUGUUGAUUCAGUUUGGCUACGUAACCCUGUUUGCGUCGGCCUAUCCAAUGGCCUCCUUGGUCAUGUCUGUGGCGCUCAUGAUUGAACUGCGAUCCGAUUGUUAUAAAUUGACGUACUUGUGCCAAAAACCAAAAGGAGAGCAAGUGUCUAGCAUUGGAAUGUGGAAGCGACUGCUCCAGUUCAUGGUGUGGUUCUCCUGCUUGACCAAUUGUCUACUCUUUGGCUUUACCAGUGACCAAAUGCUCCACUAUAUGCCCGACUUUUACAUGCGAGACGAAGAAGGGAAUACCCAUAUUGUGCAGGACAAGGGAUGGAUGGCGAUUCUCAUCAUCUUUGCGCUAGAGCGAGUCUUGAUCUACAUUGGACUGGCGCUGACUACUUUGAUACCAACCAUCCCGGAACAACUUCUCAUCAAGCUGAAGCGGCGAAAAUAUCUUCUCCAUAUGAAUCAAAAGAAGAAGGAAGAGUAG